AUGGACUCCUGUGCCCCGUGACACGCAGGGAAAGAAGUCCCUGCACUUCUGAAAAAGUAGCCCGCACGGGAACCUCGGUUCCCAAUAUGGUUGCGUUUUCCAGUGCUGGCGGCGUGCUAUUAGAACUAAUGGCACCUGCUCGCGGGGCCGCAUUCCUCUGUGCGGGUGGUGCGGCUGCACAGAUUUUCGUGUGGAUCCGCAGCAGCACCACCCGCACAAAGGAAUGCGGACCCGCUGGCAGGUGCCAUUAGAUCUAGUGGCAAGCCGCCCACACUGGAAAACGCAG